AUGGCUAUGCAGCCUCAGAGAGAGUGUGUUGUCCCGUCUCCGAGCCACACGGGGAGGAACGCAGCCGUUGUCUGCAAUCAAACAGAUGGUGGGAAACGCGGCAUGGAGAGUCUAAUCAGCAGGGUUGGGGCAUGCCCAUUUUGGAUCUGGGCUGAGCCGAGCGAGACGAGAGGAGGUGUGCUGUUUGUAGCUUGCCGCGAUGGUGCGGACAUGAGGAACGGAGAUGAAGACAACCAGGAGGAGGAGGAGGAGGAGGAAGAGGAAGAAACGAAGCAACCCACGGCCUCAAGCUAUCUUCUUGAGCCAAUCAAAAACUCAGGAAAGUAUCUCAAAAUGCCACAAAUGGAAAAUCAGCGAGAUUCGCGAGUUGCAGGGUGCCAUUGGACAUUAACAGAACAUCCAUCACCCGUCACCCAUCAACCCAUCCACCACUAUGCAGCCUGCAGCCUGCAGCCUGCUAAUUCCAACAAGCGCCGGGACGCUCUCACAUUGACGGAACUUGGGUGCGCUGCGGCUAUGCUCGUGCUUAUGGCGUCUGUUCAAGGUGACUUUGGUGGUGCAGUGCACUAUGCACUACGCAGCUCGCAGGCUCUCUCCUCCUCUUCAGGAAUAGAAACGGCCCAGCCCACUAAUUGGUCUUUGCUUACCGGCAUCAUGCUGGAAGACGCGGCCUCCAGCUGUGUCAUCUCCGGUGAAGAACGCCGGUCUAUCGCCGUCUCCCCCCUCGCCGAACGGGGGCUGGAAUCGCUGGACAGAAGCAUCACCAAAGAAAGCUUGACACGACACUUGCUUCACUGUCUCUUUCUCUCUCAUCUUCGGUGUCCUGAAAAGGUAACCUUCCUUCACAACAUCUCCACCAGCAAUCACCUGCUUCCAUUCUCACCUGUCCGAAACUCAAAUCCCCAACUCACUUUCUUACCUUCUACUCAGCUCACCCGCCCGUUGAAACUCAAACCUCGCGUCCUCCUCCGUCUUACACAUGCUAGAAGGCUGAAGCCCAGCAUAAUUCGCAGGAUGGCAAACUUUGGGAACCAGGAACAGUUGACUCUCCCUCUGUGUGUCCCUCAGAUAACCGCUUCCGCUCAUGAUCGGACGGAAUCUCGUGUAUUCGGCACGUCUUUGCGCAGCCUCUCCAUCUUCACCUUCAUAAUCCGCAUCCACUUCCUGCGAUGCUGUUCAAUCUCCAUGUUUCAACGCCUCCCACUUACCCCGGUUUUCUUUCUUGUCACUGCCACCUUUAUGCCAUUGAGACGUAUGUGGCGUACGCGGCAGCAACCCUUCAGCCGCUUGAGGACUGCUGUCAACGUCAACCACCAACACCAACACCAAACCCCAAAGGCACGAUGUUACCGUUGCUCUGAGCUCUAUCAAACGAGAGCAACAGAAUGUCAGUUCACCACGACUCCAACAGAAACAGACCAGCAAGAGAACUUUCGUAGCGGUGGCAGCAAAAUUUCACACACAGAGCUUCCAAGCUUACCCACCAGCUCUAACCCAGCGAGCGUCCUCCACCACCACACGGGCCCAAUUCCCCCUUCUAGCUUGACACUCCCGUCCGACAUCGACUCUCGGGCUUUCGCCCUCUGCUCCAUCUCCCGACGGCGGCAGGGGCUCCAGAGAUCCAUCUGCAUUGUUCCUCCCAUCUUGCGCAGAGACGAGGCACCUACCAACCCAGGGGAAACCCCUGAGACUGUAAUCAGAACUCUCACUCGAAAGGAGCUUCCAGGAUUGGUCUCGGCCAUCGUCGGCCAACCUUAUGAUAAGCAGCACAUGCCCCAAAGAAGAAGAACAGCAUCAACUUUGCUCAAAAAACUUAUCCUUGACACAAGCUCGCCACAUGAUGGGCAACUGCCAAGCUACAUGUCCCGCGUCCUCGGUCGUGAGCUUGUACACGGCCGUGGACACCCCAGACCAUCAUUCAUCCACUUCCAUUGCCUUCCGGCUCCCGCACCUCCGAGCGCAUCCGUCCUCCUGCCCCUUCACCUCCGCCCCGCUCCCACACGGAAGUCCGGCGGCACAUUUGACGUUCAUCCACACUGCACGCUUGAACUCCCCCACGUAACUACGAACAAGCCGCUUUUCCCGAAUGAGUUUCCCACGCCAAGCGGCAAUCUCACGACCGCCCCCGCGGAAGCGCGUAAAAGCAAUUUGAACCAAGUGUGCGCCCGCCGCGUUGGGGGUUUCCUACGGCACGAUCGAACCGCCCGAGAGAGGGUCAGAUCGACGCAGUCAGACGGCGCAGCAGUAGCAUUGAAUUUGAUAGGCAAUCAGAUCGUCGGGUGGAGUUGUCUUUGCAAUCGCGAGUUCUUGUCAUCGACCACGGGUUCAUCGCUGGGUACCAGCAACGGUGAUAUCGAGAGGGGCAAUGUUGUCUCUUGGACAACAUGGUACUUCAUUUGGGUUGCUAAUAUCAACGUGCACAAGCUUGCCCGAAAACGCUCCAGCCCGGGUGGAAACCACAUCGGCUACGAAAUAAUGGAGUUAAGAGAUGAUAUUGUCGUCCUGCCGACAAAACCACAGGUGCUGCACAUCUCCUUUCCUCGUGCCUUAUUCAUGACUUUGCGGGACCUGCAGUGCCCCUCUGCUGCUCCUCCCGCAGUAUAUGCAACCUUCUUUGUGGCCAACCCGGGUUCUGCUGUAUUCUCUAUCAAGAUCAAACCUGUGGCUGAAGAACUUGCUGCAAAGAGGUACACAUCCAGAUGUUUGGUGAUGGGAACAUCGAAGCCAAAAGCAGACAUAUUGAUUGAUCAUGUGCCUACGCAACAAUGGCCAGUUUCUCCUAUCUAA